UGUCAGAGGCAGGCGAGCGCUGGCAGUUCCGCGGAGGGGAUGCUGAGGAGCGCUGGGUCCGCGAGCAGCGCUGGCCACUGCGGACUUCCGAGGCACCUCAGGCCGUGAGAACCCCUGCGCCUCAGCCCAACCCAGGCCCCCGAGGCCAUUCACUGUUCCAGAAGCCAGACUGGGAGAAGAGUCCAGCACAGCAGCGGCCGUUCUCCGGAUCCGGAGCGUUCUGGAACCCCGAGAGACACCGUGGGGUUCUCGAACCUCCCCCAGCAGCUCUCAGCCCCGGCUUCCUGCGUGCGUCCGUCCGAGACCCCCGCUCGUGUUCUGAUCGUCAGCGAACCGCAACUGGGUGCUGGUGCACACCAUGAUCGUCGCGGACACCGAGUGCUGCGCGGAGCUCCAAGGCUAUCUGCCCUUCUCCCGGGGCGGAGUAGGCGCCCCGGGGGCCGGAGAGGAACAGAAGGAGAGCCGGGCUCGGAGAGGCCCUCGAGGGCCCAGCGCCUUCAUCCCAGUGGAGGAGGUCCUUCGGGAGGGGGCUGAGAGCCUUGAGCAGCACCUGGGACUGGAGGCGCUGAUGUCCUCAGGGCGGGUGGACAACCUGGCGGUGGUGAUGGGCCUGCACCCUGACUACCUCAGCAGCUUUUGGCGCUUGCAUUAUCUGCUGCUACACACAGAUGGGCCCCUGGCCAGUUCCUGGCGCCACUACAUUGCCAUCAUGGCUGCUGCUCGCCACCAGUGUUCUUAUCUGGUGGGCUCCCACAUGGCUGAAUUUCUGCAAACUGGCGGUGACCCUGAGUGGCUGCUGGGUCUCCAUCGGGCCCCUGAGAAGCUGCGAAAACUUAGUGAAAUCAACAAGUUGCUGGCACAUCGGCCAUGGCUCAUCACCAAGGAGCAUAUCCAGGCCUUGCUGAAGACGGGUGAGCAUAGCUGGUCUCUGGCAGAACUCAUCCAAGCCCUGGUCCUGCUCACCCACUGCCACUCACUGGCCUCCUUUGUGUUUGGCUGUGGCAUCCUUCCUGAGGGGGAUCCAGAGGGAAGUCCUGCCCCUCAGGCACCAUCACCCCCCAGUGAGCAAAGCAGCCCUCCAAGUGGGGACCCAUUGAACAAUUCUGGGGGUUUUGAGGCAGCCCGGGAUGUGGAAGCGCUAAUGGAACGCAUGAGGCAGCUGCAGGAGAGUCUGCUGCGGGAUGAAGGAGCCUCGCAGGAGGAGAUGGAGAACCGUUUUGAGCUGGAGAAGUCGGAGAGCCUGCUGGUGACCCCCUCAGGCCUGGCUCCAGCUGAAGUCCUGCUCCCACUCACUAGCGACGGACCCUCUCUGGCUCUCUGCUCUGCCUCCCCAUGCCCCCCUUUGAUGAUUAAUCAGGAGUGGAGCCCUUUGUGCUCCAUGCCUCGGCCUCACGGUGACCUCUUUCUGACAUGGUCCUCAGCUGACAUCCUGGAGCCACCUCCACACCCAGACAUGCUGUGCUUUGUGGAAGACCCCACUUUCGGAUAUGAAGACUUCACUCGGCGAGGGGCUCAGGCCCCACCCACCUUCCGUGCCCAGGAUUAUACCUGGGAAGACCACGGCUACUCACUGAUCCAGCGGCUGUACCCUGAGGGUGGGCAGCUGCUGGAUGAGAAGUUCCAGGCGGCCUAUAGCCUCACCUACAACACCAUUGCCAUGCACACUGGCGUGGACACCUCCAUGCUCCGCAGGGCCAUCUGGAACUACAUCCACUGCGUCUUCGGCAUCAGGUACGAUGAUUAUGAUUAUGGGGAGGUGAACCAGCUCCUGGAGCGGAACCUCAAGGUCUAUAUCAAGACAGUGGCCUGCUACCCAGAGAAGACCACACGAAGAAUGUACAACCUCUUCUGGAGGCACUUCCGCCACUCAGAGAAGGUGCACGUGAACUUGCUACUCCUGGAGGCCCGUAUGCAAGCUGCCCUGCUCUAUGCCCUCCGUGCCAUCACCCGCUACAUGACCUGACUCCCUCCCAUGAAGGAACCAGCCGCAUCCGGAGCAGCUGAUCCUGGGGGCACCCUCCUCCCUGGAAGAGUUUCUCCAUCUGGAGACAGACCUGGGACCCCUUCUGUCCCAUGCCCGUCCCCACCCUACUGGGGUGGGCUUGUGUGAUGUGCAGCCCCCGAGCCACACUCUCCUUUUCUCACUGGAAUGGACAGGAUCACUGCACUGACUGGGAUCUCGGCUCUGCCCCUGGGAACUGGAGGAGGAUUAGGAGAUCCCAGGGGGCUAUGCCCUUUUUCCUUCCCCUGCCCCCCGAGGCAGAGGGCAUAGAAGGGAAAUGUUCUGAGCUCGAACUUGUGUGCCAGCAGGCUGGGCCCCAGGCACCACAAGUGCUGUGGCCUUCCUGGACUGGGAAGUCCCUGGCUGGCCCCUGUGAGAGGGCCAAAGACCUUCCGGGACUAACACUCCAGGCAGCUUUGCCUUCUUUCCCUGAUCAUUCUCAGAUUCAUUACCUCCCACUUACCAUUCACCCAUUAAUGUGAAAGUCAGGGUCACAGCUGGUCUGUGUGCCUCAUUUCCCAAAAGCCUUUUCUCUUGGGCAGAACGAAGACCCCCCUGGUACCCUGGUUGCCCAAAUCCCAGUUCAGUUCUCCUUUGCCUUUGUACCCCUUUCUCCAGUGAUUUGUGGUGUGAGGCCCCAGGAGAGAGACCAGGCCUAUCCCUUUGGAUGUGUACUCUUUCUAGAGACUUGGAGCCACUGUUGGUCACUCUGCCUUCUGAAGAGGAAGAAGUAUUUGAUGAUAGAUUCUCCGUGUUUGGGUCCUUUGUGGUUGGGGUCAGACCUCUUUCAGGGCCUUGCCCUCGGAGCCAUGGUGGAUGCCUGGGAAGAGCAAAGGUAGCCUGUUCUCCCCAGGCUAUGCUGCCGUGGAGAGGCUGGAGCUCUGCCAAGGAUAUUUGCCAAAAAGCCGAGCCUUUCUAGGUGACCAAGGUAACACUGAGGCCCAGUAAGAGAGGCAGACAUCAGGGUUCUGCCACUGGUUGAGCAACCAUGCCGCGUUUCCAGGCCACCUUGACCACCACAGUUGUGGACUGAGGGGUGCGUUUGAGUUUCCCCAGCGUCCAAGGCUUUGCCCUGGGAUCUCAGGCCAACCUGUCGACAGCAAGCUGAUUUUUCUUGAAAGAUCUUGAAGGCCUCUGGGGACCCCCAUUCCUGUAAUCAUUUUUUUUCCUGGUUGCCUCCCAAGGACCUCACCACCAUCCUAGUGUCCCAUCCGUCCCCUCUCCUAGAUUUUAGGUGGAUUGCUUGGAGGCAGAAGCAGCCAAGGACUAAUCCCAGGCACUUUCUGUAGCAAACAACUGUGAAUUAUGGCUUCUCUUGCCCUUCUUAGCUGUAAGUGCCUCCUCUUGAUCCAAUUCGGAGGUACCUGAGAAAGGCAAGGGCCACAAUGCUGCUGCUUCUGACCCUCCUCCCUGGGGCAGGGCAGGAGAGAAGCCUGCCAGUGCGCCACAUUUCAUACCCGUGCAGGCGCGGGAGAGCAACUGGCACCCCUCAGGCCUGAAAGCCCUCCCUGCAAAGAAUACAGGCCAGAGGGAAAGGGCCCCAGCAUGGGGGUUUGAGUUCUAGAGGGGACAUGAUGCCUCUGUAAUUGUCUCCU